CCUUCCCCAUUUCCCACAUUUGAAAUUGAAGGAAAUGAAGUGACUCAGCUUCCGGCUUAGAAAGAGAGGAUAAAGAAGAAAGACACAAUAACUAGCAUACCAUAAGAUAAUAGAUAUGGGAAGAUCUCCAUGUUGUGAUGAAAUUGGUUUGAAGAAAGGCCCUUGGACACCUGAAGAAGAUCAAAAGCUUAUUGAUCACAUUCAGAAACAUGGUCAUGCAAGCUGGAGAGCUCUUCCAAAACUAGCAGGACUCAACAGGUGUGGCAAAAGUUGUAGGUUAAGGUGGACGAACUACUUGAGGCCCGACAUUAAAAGAGGGAAGUUUUCCCAAGAAGAAGAACAAACAAUUCUAGAUCUCCAUGCUAUCCUAGGAAACAAAUGGUCCGCAAUAGCAAGUCACCUACCGGGUCGGACAGAUAAUGAAAUCAAGAAUUUUUGGAACACCCAUCUCAAGAAGAAGCUUAUUCAAAUGGGUUAUGAUCCAAUGACACACCAGCCUCGGAUUGAUGAUAUCUUCACAGGCUUGUCUCAUCUCAUAGCACUGGCUAACCUCAAAGAACUCUUGGACCAACCAUUGGAACAAAACCUUGCAAGGCUUCAAGAAUUGGCCAAGCUCCAAUGCUUACAGCAACACCUCUUGCAGCCACAAGCUUCAUUAAAUAUUGAUGCAGAUCCUAAUUACACAAUUAAUAGCACAAUAAACAGCACCUUCAUGAUGAACAAAGGCACCAUCAAUGUUUCAAAUGAUCAAUUUGAGAACAUUAUUAUGUCAUCUAAUUGUACCAUGCCUUUCUCUGACAUGCCUGAAUUGAAAACACCACCUUCUUGUUCAUAUGAAGCACCAUUAAGUAAUAAGGACAUGAUUCAAUUGUCUCAAGGAGAAAUUUAUCCCGAUUCUCCAUGGCUUCUUUCAUGUUCAAGCACCACUCCUUCUUCUCCUUCUUCCCUUGUGGCUCCACCUGUGACGGAGGUUUCGUUGAGUACUAAUGUGGAAGAUAAUUGCACUAUUUGGCCUGAGCUCCUAUUAGAGGACCCUUUGUUCAAAAUGAUUUCCUAGUUUGAGAUUAAUAUUUUGUGUAACGUGACAUUAAUUUAGUGUUGUUAUAUUAGCUAGUCCAAUAGUCUUACAAUGUUUAUUAAUUCCCAUAUUGUGCGUUCGUUUGUAUACAAUGUUCAUUUUAUUGAAAACACUCAUUGUACUCUUUUUUUUUUUGUAACUUAUUUUUUCGUGAAUGUA